ACUGGACGCGUUAGCAUGCUAGUGCAGCUAAGCUAGCUGUGUGUUAACCUGGUUUGUUUCUGAAUUUCUCACCAGAGAGGUUUUUUUUUAUUCCAUCACUCCGACGUCGUCCUCAGCCGUGACUCUUUCUCUUCCUCUUUAGAAAGGCAGGAAACAUGUCAGGUGUCGAGUUCCCCUCCAGGCCGGUAGGUGGCGGUAAUGCGAGAAGCCGCGCGCUGUCAGUCAGUUGAGAGUGAUAUCUAAAGAAGUUGAGGAAGAACGGGAAGAAGCAGGAAGAAGAAGAACACAUCGGUAGCUUCACAAUGAACAAGAGACUCGGAAAGGAGCUGGAGGAGCUCCGCAAAAAUGGAAUGAAGUGUUUCCGCAACAUUCAAGUGGAUGACACGAAUAUUUCACACUGGCAAGGGCUCAUUCUCCCCGAAUGCUCUCCGUACGACAAAGGAGCAUUUCGGAUCGAGCUUAAUUUCCCCUCGGAGUAUCCCUUUAAGCCGCCCAAGAUCCUUUUCAAGACAAAAAUCUAUCAUCCUAACAUCGACGAGAAGGGCCAGGUGUGUCUGUCGAUGAUCAGCGUGGAGAACUGGAAACCGGCAACGAAAACCCGCCAAGUGAUUCAGAAUCUGGUCAGCCUGGUGAACACCCCGGAGCCGGAGCAUCCGCUGAGGGCCGACCUGGCGGAGGAGUACACGAAAGACCGCGCCAAAUUCAACAAGAACGCCGAGGAGUUUACGAAGAAACACAGUGAAAAGCGACCCCUUGACUGACGACACCGCACGCUGACGCCCCCGGCUGUUUGUUUUUUCUGUUCCCUGUUUAAAGAGCCUGCUCCGACCCUCUGUUCUUUCUCCAGAAACCAGCCGUUUCUCUCAUAUCUGCAAUGUUGUAACACUCUCCAGCCACUCCUCGAUAGAAGCUUUGUUCCUCUUUCACUUUGCCAAAAAAAAGAAAGAAAAAGCGGGACUUUUUAGUGAAAGUGCAGGCUCUGUUCUUUAGCUGUCACAUGUUGGUUGUUUUGACUUCUUUCUACUGAUUUCUUUUUAGAAAAUUUAAGAAAAUGAUCAGAGGUGGUGGCAUCCUGGAGAGGACAAAGUGCUGAUCUGCUUCAUUAAGUGUUGAAUGUUGUCUCCGGUGAUUCGUUAGCUUACGCAGACAUGUUUACACAUUUUUAACCUUUUGUUUUCUGAUGUUUAAAAUUCUGCAGAUCCGAUGCUGUUACUAUCUGUUGUCUACUUCCUUUGCCUUGUUAGAUGCACUGUACGUGGUGAAAUCAGCUGUCACAGAAUAUCCAAAUUUUAAUUUGUUACUGAGCAAAUGCAACACAAUCCAUGUGCUUUAAAAAGUCUUUGUUUUGUAUUUGGAGAUAUUAGGGAAACUUCUGAUUCAAUUUGUUCCAUUAUCUUAUUUUUCUGCAGAUGUGAAAUCAGAUGUGUCAUCAUAUCUGUGAACUUCUGUAAGUCUGAAAGUCAGACGUAGUCCUUAAAGCACUUCACAAGUUUGAAUUUAUCGCCUCUGACACAAAGUGUUUCUGCGGUGAAUAAGCAGCAACCUCAGCUUUAAUAUGAUAACACACACACACACACGGUUGCUCUGGUUUAUUUUACCGCUCCUCCUCCUCUCAUCACUUUGUUGGGAAUAAUUUUGAUACUAAGAAGUAGUUGUAUAAAGCACUGAUUGGUUCUUGCUUCGCUGUACGUUUGCAGUCUCCUGUUGGCUCUUUCCCCCCUUCAGUAAACACGAUAUUAGACAUUAUAUCCUGAUAGUUGAGCAGUCAUAGCACAUGUGGCUGUACACCUUUAUACAUGUAAUCUGCGGCAAUACAUCCAACCGUAGGUGGUGACAGACGGUCAUUAAUGAAUAAAGAUUUGUGAUGGAUGCUGAAACUAA